GUCGGCUCGCGCCCCGCCCCCGCCCCCGUCCCCGCCGUCCCGUCCCUCGCCGCGCGCUCCUCCCGGUUCCCGCCGCGGUCGCCGCUGCUCCUCCUCUCCCGGGCGUCGCGGCCGCUGCCUCUGCGGACUGUAUGAGGAGGAGGAGGAGGAGGAGAAGGAUGUGAAGAUGGCGGAGCUGCAGAUGCUGCUGGAAGAGGAAAUCCCGGGGGGCCGCCGGGCCCUGUUCGAUAGCUACACGAAUCUGGAGCGGGUGGCCGACUACUGCGAGAACAACUACAUCCAGUCAUCAGAUAAGCAGCGAGCCCUAGAAGAAACCAAAGCCUACACAACCCAAUCCUUAGCAAGUGUUGCGUAUCUGAUAAACACCUUGGCCAACAAUGUCCUACAGAUGCUGGAUAUCCAGGCAUCCCAAUUACGGAGGAUGGAAUCUUCAAUCAAUCAUAUUUCGCAAACAGUUGAUAUUCAUAAAGAGAAAGUUGCAAGAAGAGAAAUUGGUAUUUUGACUACCAAUAAAAAUACUUCAAGAACCCAUAAGAUUAUUGCACCAGCUAACCUUGAGCGACCAGUUCGUUAUAUUCGAAAACCCAUUGACUAUACAAUUCUAGAUGACAUUGGACAUGGGGUAAAGUGGUUGCUUAGAUUUAAGGUGAGCACACAGAAUGUGAAGAUGGGUGGGCUGCCACGUACAACACCUCCUACUCAGAAGCCCCCAAGUCCCCCCAUGUCAGGAAAAGGGACACUUGGGCGGCACUCCCCCUAUCGCACACUGGAGCCAGUGCGUCCUCCAGUGGUACCCAAUGAUUACGUACCUAGCCCAACCCGUAAUAUGGCUCCCUCGCAGCAGAGCCCUGUGAGGACAGCUUCUGUGAAUCAAAGAAAUCGAACUUACAGCAGUGGGAGCAGUGGAGGAAGCCACCCAAGUAGUCGGAGCAGCAGUCGGGAGAACAGUGGAAGUGGGAGUGUGGGGGUUCCAAUUGCUGUUCCCACUCCCUCUCCUCCCAGCGUCUUUCCAGCCCCUGCUGGCUCUGCUGUCACCCCUCCUCUUCCUGCUACUUCUGCACCUGUCCCUACCCCUCUUGUUCCUGCUCCUGUCCCAUCCUCCACUGCCCCAGAUGUUGCUGCUGGGGGCGCACAGACCCUUGCUGAUGGCUUCACUUCUCCAACUCCCCCUGUUAUUUCUUCCAAUCCCCCCACAGGUCCUCCUGUUCAGUUCUACAGCAUGAAUAGGCCUGCCUCUCGCCAUACGCCACCAACAAUCGGGGGCUCAUUGCCCUAUAGACGGCCUCCUUCCAUAACUUCACAGGCAAGCCUUCAGAGUCAGAUGAAUGGAGGGCCUUUUUAUAACCAGAAUCCAGUAUCUCUUGCUCCUCCUCCUCCUUCCAUCCUACAGGUAACUCCUCAGUUACCUUUAAUGGGAUUUGUGGCCAGAGUCCAAGAAAAUAUUUCAGAUACACCACCCCCACCCCCACCUGUGGAAGAACCAGUCUUUGAUGAGUCCCCCCCUCCACCACCACCUCCAGAAGAUUAUGAGGAGGAGGAAGCAGCUGUGGUUGAGUACAGUGAUCCUUAUGCUGAAGAGGACCCACCAUGGGCUCCAAGGUCUUAUUUGGAAAAGGUUGUGGCAAUUUAUGAUUAUACAAAAGACAAGGAAGAUGAGCUGUCCUUUCAGGAAGGAGCCAUUAUUUAUGUCAUCAAGAAGAACGACGAUGGUUGGUAUGAGGGCGUUAUGAAUGGAGUGACUGGGCUCUUCCCCGGGAAUUACGUUGAGUCCAUCAUGCAUUAUUCAGAGUGAAGCUCAGCACAGCUGUGCGUCCCUCUCAGAGAGUCAGUCAGGUCUUCUCAGAUUAGCUAGAGUCCCUGGGAAUUGCCUCCCAGUGAAACAAAUGAAGCAUACAAAUGAUGAAGUUAUUUCUUUUUUCUAUGUUUUGGUUCAUCCCCUAAUAUUAAAAACAAACAAAAAAAAUCAAAUUUGAGUCUGAACAAAUGGAUCUUCUUGCUGUUAUUUGCCCGACACUGUCUGGAUUGAAAAUGUGACCAUUUCUCAUUCUAUGGAAGGCAUAACAACAUGAACAUAGAGCUAAAACAAAUCAGACCAAGACUGGCUUGAGAAAAGUCUGGGCUCUUUCUCAGGAAUACUGUACACCCUUGGAUUUCUCUUCCUGCAGAAUCUGUGACAUUGGAUAUUCAUUGCCUCUGCCUUGGGGUUAGUCUCAUGGCCCAGUGGGCACCCUUGCCCCUUUCUUUCAUGCAAAGAGGAAGGAAUUAGUGUUUAAAUACCAUAUUUAACUACUUUUUGAUUGUUUCAAAGGCUGUUUUUAACACUGUAAAUCCUGUGUUCUCUUAGCACUGGAGUGUGCUAGGUGAGUUAAUACUGAACUCCCUUGCAUCCUGUCCUGUUUGUAGAUUAUAAGGAUGACAAAAUGUGAGUCUCCAAACAUUCCCACACUCCCAAACAGUCACCACAGUUUGAUUUUAAUGUACUGUUGCAUGAGGCUGCAUUGCUGAUAACAGCCGGCGAACCUGAUAUGAAAUGUGAGGCAGAUGUGUGAAACUGGACACAAAGCUACCUAAGGCUUUGAAGGGAAGAGCUCCAGCCUUUGACCUUAAGUGCUCCUUCAGGAAGGACUUAGGUCAGGAAGUCAGACCAGUUAUUCCUGCCCUUUUGGUAUUUAAAAACAUUGUUUUUCUCCUUUUUAGAAGAGACUUGGUGUCCGGUCUCUUGACAGUCACUGAGUUGGGAAUGACAGGUGCUACUGUGCCCUUGGAUUGCUGUCGGUGGCGGUGUUAGCUGAUGUGGAGUCAUUUUUAUUCUCUCAGCUCUAGAACAGAUUGGACUAUAAAGUAGACAAUCCUAGGAAGAUCUGCACCUCGUGACUCAGACUCGAGUGCAGUAUAAAAGACUAAUAGGACAAAAUCCUUAACCCCGUCACACCGAUGAGAGUCACUGUGAUUUUCAGAUAAUGGGCAACUCCCUCAUCUACGAUUAAUUUAUAUUUAGUGGUGUUUGCACAUCUGGUGGUUUUAACAAUCACAUCUGUAAUUAGGGGUGUUGCUGCCCAGUAGGUGAGUGCCAUGGUGACGGGCCGGUUGUAGUUAGAACCAAAGCUUCCCUGUGAUUCUUACCAGUCCCAUGAAAAGGCCAGAAAGAAUCUGACCAGGUAAUUUCACCUGAAGGCUUAAAAGAGGAAAUAAUCGCUAUGUUUAAUUAAGAUGCAGGCCUUGAAUGUGCUGGAUAGUGAUGCUAGGAUAAUUUGGUUGAAAAAUGAAAAAGUGUUGUAGAAGGGAAGAAAAGCAGGUUGUAGAGGCAUAAGCUAACUCCACUAAGAUCUGUUAUCUGAGCUUUGCUGUGUAACUGAGACUCAACCAGUUUCUUGUCCGAGACUUGUUUUUUUGCUUUAAAAUUGCAGGAUUUUGUUUGUUUUCAGAUGUGCUGUUCCUCCUGCUUUAGCCUCCCAAAACUAGGAUUAUAAGCAGGAGCAUCAUUAGAAUGUUAGGCAUCAGCCUUUUUCUCUUUUCUUUUUUUUAAACAUUAUACUUCAGCCAUUAUACUUUUAGAUGUUUCUGAACACUUUGGAUUCAUCUUUAACAUGCUUCUAGUAUACUUUCCACUUGAUACUUUCGUUAGGUCAUAUUGACUAUCUUCAGGAUAAUGUCCCUGGAUGUCCUUGGAACCUUUAGCUCCAUUAUGGGCGCAGCAAGACUAUAUAUGAACAUGUUUAACUUUGCUUGUAUUGGUACGUGGAAACUUUUGAAAAUAGUUGCACUGAUUAUUUAAGUAGCCAUUUGCUGAUCAAGCUUAGUGGAUUAGUAAGAUGAUGUUUGGAAACCCAGGAAAGAGCUGGUGGUGGGCAAGGAAUAUACCUUACCUAUUGAGUUAAGGUUGCAGAGAACACUUUGUGCUGGAUACUUGCACUAGGGGAAUCCACAGGUCAGCUGAUUCCUUCCAGUUGUAUUACUGAGUACUGAUGCGAUUUUACAAAAACAAACAAACAAAAAAUGCGAUCUGUUGAAUUUUUUUUUCAUCUUUUGAACUUUUACAAUUUUGAAUUCUAUAAAUUGUCUUGGAAGGAUACUCUGUAACAAUGAACCAGGCCUACUGUAAUUGGAGACUUUUAAUGUAUGUAAUAUUUUGUAGAUUGCAUGCUAUUAAUGCUGUGAGGUUAUCUCCUAUUUUAUUGUAAAUUUUCCCAUUUAUUUGCCCAUAAACUAAAAUGCAGUUGAUAUUAGAAAUUUUAAAUGAAUGUUGAAACUUUGCAGACCAGUAAGCAACUGCUUUUCCAGGUCACAGGUGCUUUUAAGGCAUUGGUCUUCCUUGAGAUUUCUGAUUACCCUUAAAAAAAAAAAAGAAAAAACAAGACUGGAUAUUUGUCUCUUUUUUGCUAUUAAUAUUUGAAGGUCAGUGGAUCUGAGUGAAAAUACAUUCUUGUGCUUGACCUUAUAGCCAAGGCAAAUUAGAAACAAAAAUAGUGCCAAUGUUUUGAAAUCUAGAUCCAAUUUCAGCCUGCUGUGUUUGGAAUAAAUAUGAAUUUUUAAAGAUGUCUCCUACAGUAUUUUCCUUUUGGUUACUUCCUUCUCUCUUCCUAAGAGGCAUCUGCUGUUCCCAUGUUGGGAUUGGUACAGGACUGCUGAUUUUGCUGUUCCUAAAAGCCGCUGGGUGACAUUUUCCUUACCCUUACUACUGCUGUGUAUUGCCUAGCUAGAGACUGGUUUGUGCAUCUCUACAGUUGAUAUCUGCAAUGUAGUUGGACUCAUUAACAGUUUUAUGAUGAUUCUUAUGCAUGGGGCAUCAAAACGAUAGCUUGCUUUUAUUUUUCACUUUUCAUUUUCUUUAAAGAUCACCUUGCUGCAGCAUAACUCUUGUUUUACCUUAUUACCCUCUUUCCUUAUGGAGAGAACAUGGUGUGUCCUGAAGGCCACCUUUACUUCUAGAAAGGGCUUUGGUGAAGAAAUGAUUGCUAAAUCUUUGAAAUGAGUGGGAGUUGUUUACUUCUGAAUAGCUUUGACCAGGAACUCAUGAGUGUGGAGGUGACAUUUCUCUAACACUCAUAAGCCUUAAAAUGCUUGUUCCAGUCACUUUAACAAUGGGGUUAAAUGCUUUGUUUCAGAUAAACAGCUAUUAGUUCUUAGAACUCAGUCUUCUCCCCAGUGUACCAACUGUUGUAAUUAAAUAUGCUUUAUUUUUUCUUUAGAAAGUAACAUUUCCUGUUUUUUUGGAUGACACUUGAAAAGAUAUGCCAUGUUUUGAUAAAUAACCACCCAAGUAUUCACAUUGCUUCAAGCUUAAGUGCAACCUGAGUAGAAAUAAUCAUUUACCCUUCUAAAACUUCACUCGUAGAAACAUUUCCAUACAGCUGUGUGUAGUAAGAAUGCAUUAUAUUUAGUUCUACACUGGCAGGAGCAGAGUGGAGAGAGCCUUACAAAGUCACUGAGUGGAGGCAUUGAGCUUGCUAUCUAAUUUACUUUAUGCUCUCUCUCUUUUUUUUUUUUGAGAAUCUCUAUUUUAAAAAAAUCAAAUGAAAUGACAGGGCAUAGCUGUGUAAAUGAUCCUCGCAAAUAAACAUGUUACAUUUUUUGUAAGACAAAAAGCUUAUUUUCACAUUAAACUGAAGCCUCUUUUGCAAGUCCAGAAUUCUAUGGAAAAGCAGUUUUUAAUCAUAUUUUGUGUCCAUGUACUUUUUUUCUUAACGAAAUGGUUUACAAAAAGAAUGUAAACAAUUUAUGAUCUGGCCAGUUAACACUUUAUAGCUCCCAGAGAGUUGGUGGUACUGAGUAAAAACCAUUCAGGCAACUUGAGUGGGCAAGUGUUGCCAGUAACAUUCCUUAUGUGCGCUAUUGAGCACCUCCAGAAGAAUGAGGGACAUUCACUUUUUAAAUUGUAUUUGGAAUAAUUACUGCUGUGUACUAAGAACUUGACCCAAAUAAAAAUCACAUGAAGUAUA